AUGCUGAUGGGUCGUCUCAAGUCCUUGAACAUGCUCAUCAAGCUCGAUGGGGCCAUAUUUUGGAAGCCUGUGCUGAACCUGCUGCGCGAAUUUGCGGAGUGUCGCAUAUGGGUCCGCGUUCGAAUCCGCGACCAGUACAAUCGCUUCAUCGCGGAACACAUGGAUCGCCAUCGCGGCACGGGCGCGGACGCGUACACCCCAGAACAGUUCAAGCACAUGAUGCGGGAGACCAGCAUGAAAUCCAUUUUAAGCAACUUCGCACUAGCCAACCGCGCAUACACGCAGGGCCUGCAUCGCGACCUGUGCAUCCGUACGAUGACCGUGCUCGGUCAUCACACUCUAGCCCGCGCGUGCACCAUCAGAAACCUCCAGCUGCCAGACAUGAUGAUGUGGAACCUCGGAGCUAGAUCAGAGACGGAUCCGGUAAAGGACGCGUUCAUGUUUGUCCGCGCGUGCCGAACAGGCAAGACAAACAAGGACUUCUCACUCAACUACAUCGCGGCUGUGUGGCACUUGGACUGGACGCUGUGCGCGGUCGGUGCUACCCUAAUGUGGCUGCAUUGGGUGUACGACGUGGUUCCCGUCGCGUACGAGGACAUAGCCCCACCUCUAGACUUCUCCGAACCCGCCAAGUGGUACGACAAGUACAUCUUCUUUCCCCUUUACGCUGGUAAUGAGAAGCCGAUACUACCCACGACCCACCACGACUGGGCGGCCAAGAUCCUGGGGGACGCGAGAAUCACAUGCUCGCGGGUCGUCCACGCGACCAGGGCGGGAGGCGCGCAGCACGCGUCCGCGGACGGAGGUCAGCAGAACGCGCAGAACCAGGUGACAGUCCUCACGGAGUACCUGACCCAUGCGCAAGCGGACAAUACCAGGCUGGGCGUACAGUUGGUCACGACUCAGAAGCGGGUCUCCGAGCUUGAGAAGCAGUUGGAAGAGCGCGACCAGCAGCUGAUCGUGAAGGUCGAGCGCGUAAAUGAUAUGGGAGGCACAGCUGUCGCGUCUCAGCGUCAACGGCCCGGAGCCGACCGCGACUCCAAGUGCUGGGAUCAACCCUUCGCCUUAGAUCCCCGUCGCAAAGUCAUUUAA